GUGUUUCUGGAGGCUGUGCUAUUCAUGUACCAGUCCUGUUGAUGGCGACUUUCUUUCUUCCCGCAAUGCUAUUCUUCGGCCUGAUGUCGGCUCCCAGUGCCCUGUAUGAUAACAAGAUAAUAACAAGAGUAAAAAUAAACUCCACAAGCGAUGUGGCGAACAAAGGAGGCGAUUUCACCAUCGGGUGUAUUUUGUUCACAGCCGAGAUGAGCACCGAGCGAAAGAAACGGGACACCCGAGAGGACGAUUGGACAAAUUCAGUCUACUCGUCGUCCUCGUUCUCCGGCGACGACGACGACGACGAAGAAGAAGAAGAAGUAGAAAAACAAGAAGAAAGUAGCUACAGCAGUGUCCAGUCACAGCAUGAGAGUACCACCAGCCACUACAGCGAGCCCACUUCGGCGUUCAAGGUUGCCUCCGGGAACGCACUGCAGGCCUUGUUGUCGAGAAUAAAGGUCCUAAACUUGGAGCUGUAUCGGAGGGUUUCAGACAAAACAGAAAAUGUGGCCACAUACAACCUUACGACCCAGAAGGUACACGCGUUUCCUCACCACAAGAUAUCUUUGGUCGUGAAUGGCCAAGAGCAAUACAGAGAGACCGGUUCCUGGAAGAUCUACACCGCGGAGAUGACCGUCACGUUCUUCCGGGCUAAGUGUUCCGACACGGCUGACUUCCAAUGCAUCAGCAAACUCGAGCUGGACGGCAAGACAAAGUAUGCCACUAAUCUUGGCAUCAGUGUCGAGGUCGAGUCCUGCGGGCCCUGCAAGGAUGGCGCAGCCUUAUUUGAGAACAACUGCUACAAAGUAAUCAGCCAGGAAGCCGACUAUGACACGGCGAGCAAAGAUUGCAACCGGCGAGGGGAUCACCUCGUCAGCAUCUCGUCGGACGCAGAGAAUGACUUCGUCACCAAGCUUGCCAGGACCAACGGCCUCUCCCGGCGCAAUCUGUUUAUUGGACUCAAGGACGAUAAUCAUGGCAAGGUUUACACGUGGGACAACGGAAUGAACUCCAACUACAGACAUUGGAGCCUCUAUCAGCCCAGUACGACCUCUGCUAACAGCUGUGCAUCCCUCGGCGGGGAUGGUGCGUGGUACGAGGAGUCCUGCUCCUCCAAGCUUCCCUACAUCUGCGAGAAGCCCAACAGCAUUCAAACGAACGACAACAACAACAACUCUGCGCAUGGUUGUCUCCCCUCGUGGCAGGAGUUCAUGGCGGCCUGCUAUAAGCUCCACAAGUUGUCCAAGCGCUGGGACGAUGCUGAUAAGCAUUGCAAUGGCGAGGGAGCGCGGCUGGUCGAAAUAAGGAACAAGGAGGAAAAUGAAUUCGUCAAAGCUGUUGCUAGGCAACAAGGCACUAACGAUUUCUACAUUGGACUUCGCAACUCAAAUGAGCAGCCCAAAACGUUUUUCUGGCAAUCGGGUAUGGUCCUCAACUUCACCGACUGGGCCCCUGGAGAGCCGAAUGGAAAGAAAGCGAUGUGUGGUCACGUGUACUUAACUAACCUACAGUGGGACGACAUGCCCUGCCAUAACAGGCUUGCCUUUAUAUGCGAGAUGCCUAUGUACAGGAAUAGUUAACAGCAGAGUGAGAAAUACAAGGACAGACUGAAUAAAGAAAAAAAUGCAUUGGGCCAGCAGCCGAUUUCAUCAAAAGGAAGGGCAGAUAGUGAGGGACGGUUUAAUAAACAUUUUUAAAAAUUUACAAAUUUAUCCUAACAUCAUGCAGUAUCACAUUCUAAAAUAUUAUAUCAAUAUCUGAUCAUCGAUUUAUACAACAAUUGAACCAGAAUUAUACGAUAGAAGUCCUAUAGAUGGUCCGUGGUACUUGGAAGAUUUUAAACAAUGAUGUGAAUAAAAUUUAUAAUUAUCUUGUG